CCUACUCAUCCUUCAGAAAGUUUACUUGAGAGAGAAAAUGGUCGUUUCAAAGCUCUUUUUCUGCCACCUAAUGUGACCAGUUUGCUGCAACCUAUGGAUCAAGGCAUCAUUGAAUGCAUGAAACGACUUUACAAAAAACAACUGCUUCGUAAGCUACUGUUAGCCGAUGAAAAUGAAGAAGGUACUCUAAUAUAUCAUAAAAACAUUAACAUAAAAGAUUGCUGCUACAUGGUAGCUGAUGUAUGGACUUCCGUAAAGGCGAUAACUUUGAAGAGGGCUUGGAAUAAAAUAAAUGGAAUUUCAACACAACAGCAAAUACAGGAAGAAAAAGAAAAUGCAGAAUUGAAGAACAACGAGGAAAGUGAUAAAGAUACUGAUUCAAUGUCUACGGAAAGCCUGCAGAAUAUGAUUACAAAAGUUCCAGGCUGUUCCGAGUGCAAUGUAGAGGAUAUCGAAGAUUGGUUACAUUCUGAUUCAAUAGAUCCUGGGUUCCAAUUAUUGAGUGACGAUGAAAUUAUUCAGAGUACAAAAGAAGAAUCAUACCCAGUGGACACAGAAGAUGACAAUGAUUCUACAUUUGAAUUAGAAGCUGGACCUUCUGCAAGUGAGGCGUUUGCUUGUUUUGAGACUGCCUUAAAUUGGAUGGAACGACAAUCUGAAUGCGACCAUGUAGACCUUCUUGUCGUCAAGCGCUUGAAAGAUCUAGCUGCUAAAAAGCGAGUUUCUUCAUUAAAACAGCGUACAUUGACAGAAAUGUUUAAAUAAAAUUAUUUUCUUUAAUAUCUAAAGUUAAAUGAAGUAAAGUGAGUAA